AUGGCGAACCACGGCGCCGCCGCACUUCUGAUCGCGUCUCUCCUGGUGGCGGUCGCCCUCGCCGCCGACGCCAGGCUCACCGUGCACCGCGACGCGUUCGGAGCUUACGUGGUGGCGGACGCGACGACGGUGCCGUCGCUGGCCUGCAGCAAGGUGCACGGGGUGCAGGUGACCGAGACGUGCUUCUCCGUGGCGCAGGACGCGGGGCUGACCCAGGAGCAGUUCCUCGGCUUCAACCCCAACAUCAACUGCGAGAAGGUCUUCGUCGGUCAGUGGGUCUGCCUUGCUGCGACCUCCGCUUGA